GGAAAACAGGGAAGGGAGCAGAUCCUCGGAGGGAUCUCUCAAGCAUCCAUCCUCCCAGCCGUGCAGGAGAGGACUGCAGAACAGCCGAGAGCAUUUUGUCAACAACGGGGAGAAACGAAAAAGAGGAGACAUCAACAGAAGAAAAUCCAAAAAACACAACGGUGAGGAUUCUCCUGAUCGCCAAGCUGCUAUUGGGGCUGACAGGUUUUGAAGCAACACCUCAGAAAUCAAAGCUGUUCCGUUUUACCCAUCCCACGGUGCCGCAAAGGCAGCGCCGGGAGGACUCUCUGACCUUCUCCCCCUCUCCGGCACUGGGCAGCAGCCCCAGCCCGGCACCAGCCCCGCCGCACCACCCCGGCUUUCCGGACACAGAAAAAACACCCUCUGGGAGAUAUAAAUAAACCCCAACGCGCUUCCGUCCGCAGGUCCGUGCCUGCAGCAGGGGGACAGCAGGAGCUGUGGAAUGCUCAGGAGAGCGGGACCGUCCCUGCGUCACUUCUUGCUGGAGAGGAAGAGCAGUGCUGGAUAUAGCUUGUGCUCCAGAGAGGCAAAAAUGUCAAGGCCAGUUCAAGCCCGGAGGCUGGAGGGAAUAGAUAAGAAUAUCUGGGUGGAGUUUGUGAAACUGGCUGCUACCUAUUCCAAGGUGAACCUGGGCCAGGGCUUCCCUGACUUCCCUGCACCGGAGUUCCUGCAGGAGGCACUGAAGCGAGCCCUCGGCGGGGGGAACCACAUGCUGCACCAGUACACCCGGGCCUUCGGACACCCCCCUCUGGUGACAGCCCUAGCCCAGUUGUUUGAGAAGGUGCUUGGACGAGAGCUGGACCCCAUGACCAAUGUGAUGGUGACUGUGGGGGCAUACCAGGCCCUUUUCUGCUGCUUCCAGGCUUUCGUGGAUGAAGGUGAUGAGGUGAUCAUCAUUGAGCCCUUCUUUGACUGCUAUGAGCCAAUGGUGAAAAUGGCUGGUGGGACACCCGUGUUUGUCCCGCUGAGACCGAAAGCUCCAAAAGAUGGAAAAUUGAUGUCUAGUGCAGACUGGCAACUGGACCCAGCUGAACUGGCUUCUAAAUUCAGUGAAAGGACAAAAGCCAUCGUCCUGAACUCACCCAACAACCCUCUGGGCAAGGUGUUCAGCCGUGGGGAGCUGGAGGUCAUUGCAGAGCUGUGCGUGAAGCACGACGUGCUGUGCAUCAGUGACGAGGUGUACGAGUGGCUGGUCUACGACGGGAGGGAGAACACCCGGAUCGCCAGCUUGCCAGGGAUGUGGGAUCGCACGGUGAUCAUCGGGAGUGCUGGGAAGACCUUCAGUGCCACUGGAUGGAAGGUGGGCUGGACUGUGGGACCUGACAGGCUGCUGCGGCACCUGCGCACCGUGCACCAGAACUCAGUGUACCACUGUGCCACCAUUGCCCAGGAGGCCGUGGCUCAGGGUUUCCAGAGGGAGCUCGCACUCUUUGGCAAACCAGAGAGCUACUUUGUCCAACUGCCCAGGGCGCUACAGCAGAAGAGAGACUUGCUGAUCCAGAGCCUGGUCGCUGUGGGGAUGAAACCCGUCGUCCCCGAGGGCACCUACUUCCUGGUGGCCGACAUCUCCGAGUUCAAAUCUGAUGUCCCCGAGGUCCCCAACUCGGAUGAGCCCUAUGACUACAGAUUUACAAAGUGGAUGAUGAAGAACAAGGGCCUUGCUGCCAUCCCGCUCUCCGCGUUCUACAGCGAGGCCCACAAGAACAACUACACCAAUUUCAUCCGGUUCUGCUUCGCAAAGGAGGAAGCUACACUGAAGGCAGCAAAUGACAUAUUGCAAAAGUGGAAAAAGGAGAAAACCAGUUCCUGAGUGCACCGGAGAGACAACCAGAAUCCCCUUGGUCCUCACCUGCCCUGACUGCUCUUCUUCCUCUUCUUUACCCGUCCACAAACUUUGAUACCUUCUUACUUCUGUGCUUUCAGCCAUUUUCUGUCAGACAAAUGGGGGUGAGGUUUGCCAGGCCCAGGAUCUGGGAACACUUUCAGCCACUGUGAGACAGUCACAGUAACUUGGUGUGCACUGACAGUAUUUGACGUUUCUUCUUACGUUUAAAGACUUUGCUGAUCAGUUCUGGGAUGUGGUGACCGCAGAAUCCGUAACCGGUUUCCCCCAGGAAACAGCUUUUAUCGAUGUCAUGGCUAUUGCCAAACCUUCCCUGUGCACCCCCAGGCUACUCUGGGCACUGUCAGGGCUUGGCAGCAUCGUCCAGGGUGCAGAACCAAACCUUUAGGCCUUUGAUCAGAGCACAUGGAUGGGCACUGUGGCCUCAGGCUGCUCCUGCUGCUGGUGCCCCCACAGCCUCCCACCCACUGGGCUGGUGGGGUGACAUCAGCAGCCUCUGAGUGGGAAUUCUUGCAUCAGUCUUGAUUUCAGCCUGGAUAAGAACGUAAAACAUCAUCAUCAUCAUCAACCACGCAGGAGUUACGUGCACCAGACUGUGCCAUGAGUGUUUGUAGCAGUUAAAUUAUUAAAGUGGAACUCCUGCAGUCA